AUGUAUACCUGUGCUGUAUACCUGUGCUGUGUACCGUGUGCUGUAUACCUGUGCUGUGUACCGUGUGCUGUGUACCUGUGCUGUGUACCUGUGCUGUGUACCGUGUGCUGUGUACCUGGGCUGUGUACCGUGUGCUGUGUACCUGUGCUGUGUACCGUGUGCUGUGUACCUGUGCUGUGUACCGUGCGCUGUAUACCGUGUGCUGUGUACCUGUGCUGUGUACCGUGUGCUGUGUACCGUGUGCUGUAUACCUGUGCUGUGUACCGUGUGCUGUAUACCUGUGCUGUAUACCUGUGCUGUAUACCUGUGCUGUGUGCUGUGUACCGGGUGCUGUAUACCUGUGCUGUGUACCUGUGCUGUAUACCUGUGCUGUGUACCUGUGCUGUGUACCUGUGCUGUAUACCUGUGCUGUGUACCUGUGCUGUGUACCUGUGCUGUGUACCUGUGCUGUGUACCGUGUGCUGUGUACCUGGGCUGUGUACCGUGUGCUGUGUACCUGUGCUGUGUACCUGUGCUGUGUACCGUGUGCUGUAUACCGUGUGCUGUGUGUACCUGUAA